AUGGCGGACCCACUGCCUUGGACACCACGGCCAGGGCUCUGUGCUACAAACUUUCUUGGAGGUCUGCCAGGCAACGGUGCCGUUCUCCGAGUGCCGCGCCCCUGGCGACCGGCUGCCAGAGAUGAGGCAGCGGGGCCCUUCUUCAGCACUCGCAGUGCCAUCCUCGCUGCAGUUUCCUGGCCAUCAGCGAGGCGACUUUGCAGACGCUGCCUCGUCCUCCGAAAACAGCAGCAGGGCAAAGUGUCCUUCAAGGACCUCCUCAGGUCGUCUGAGGCACCCGUGGAGAAGGCAUCCUGCGCAGAGUGGGGUUGCCGAUGCAGUUUGGAGGGGAAGCUUUGUCCUUUCACUUGGCGGGACUACCGGCGCCGGCAUCCCGCCGUGGGGGCGAUCAGCCGCUGGUAUGAGCGCGACGGAGAAGAACUGCCUGAGGUUUUCAGGGCCGCAGAGGCCCCAGGCUAUCGGACAACCGGGAAGAUGGCCAUAGGUCCUGGCCGCAGGGGUGCCUGUGUCAUCGGCCUCUUCAAGAAAGGCGGUUGGAAGGUUGUUCCAGUCCGUGAUUGCCAAGCCAACCAUCCUGCGAUAGUGGCUGCGGUACACUCCCUUCAGGAGGUGCUAGAUGAGCUCUACGGCGUGGUGAAGCCUUUCAACCACGACGGCCCGGCCAAGUCGAUCUCACGCGAGGGGCUGCUGAGAUACGUGGAAUUUUCACUGGAGCGGUCCAGUGGAUUGGUGCAGCUAGUCCUCGUUUGGAACGGCCGCCGCGGCCAGGACAGCCCUCAGCUCACGAAGCUGCUGCAGAAGCUUUGGCCCCAAGAUGCCGGCAAUGCCAGUUUCGGCGCCUGGCAUUCGAUUUGGGUGCACUGGCGCGAGCCGGACCCAAGUUUGAUGAGGGCCAUCCACUCGAAGAAGCCGGAAGCCUGGGAGCAGGUGCGGCCGAGUGACGCCGCAAGGAGUGCCACGUCCGGCGAGGUCGUGGAGUGUUUGGAUGGCCUUUCCUUUGCCUUUGGCCCGGCGAGCUUUCGGCAACCGAAUCUCGCCGUCUUCGAGCAGAUCCUGCGGGACAUGAAGUCUUCUUUGUGCGAGCUGGUGGCAGGAGGUGCGAUGCAAAGCUCACAGCAUCUCCGCAUCCUUGAACUUUGUGGCGGUGUGGGCGUGAUCGGCAUGAGCCUCGCUGAUGCGGUGGCGAGGAUGGAGGAGGUGGGGAAGGUGACCCUCCUCAGCACCGAUGUGAAUCCGAACUGCGCUGGGCCGUUUCAGGCGAACGCAGAGAGGAACUUCGGCCCUGAGGGCCGCGAAGGUUUGUCGCUGAAGUUCUCGGCCCUGAAUGCUUCGGAGGCGCUGGCCUCACUUGCCGGGCCGGAGGGUGGCGCAGAUGUAUUGGUCCUCGACCCACCCCGAAGGGGCCUGGCCACCCGGCACUGGGUGCAGGGCCUUGUGGGGGGCGAGGGCGAGGCUGCCUCGAUCCGGAGCUCCUCAGUCCGGGUGGUGAUCUACAUGAGCUGUGGCCAUGAGAGUUUCAUGGCCGAUGCUGACCGGCUGACGGGCAGAAACCCGAAAGCCGAUGCCAGCUUCGGCCCUCCUUUUCGGCUGCUUUCCCUUCGCUGCUACGACAUGCUCCCCUUCACCGAGCACAUCGAGACCCUGGGCGUUUUUGUGCGCGAGGAGGUCGGUGAUGGAAAGCCGCCGGAAUCCGUCGAGCGGGACAUGUUGCAAAUAUCUCCCGAGGAGAAGCUCCAGUGCCAGUUUUUGAUUGGCAUCGAGCAGGAUUCAGAGUUCAACGUGCGCCAGCGGAUCUUCGGAGAGAGGGGUCACCACAUGAAGAUCAUUGCCAAGCGCACCGGGGCGAAACUCCGCCUCCGUGGUCUUGGCUCCGGCUUCAAGGAGGGGCCCGAAAGGGUGGUCUCUUCCGACCCGCUGAUGCUGUGCGUGAGCAGCACCGAUGAUCAAGGUCACCAAGAGGCAGUGAGACUCGUGGAGGAGCUCCUGACAGGCGUCCACAACCAGUAUCGCGACUUCUGCAGCUCAACAGGCCGCAGAAUCCCGGCUUUGAAGGUGGAGGUCAACCACGGACCACGCCCUGGUAGCAGGUAG